UAUAAGUUCUCUUUUGCAUGGUUUUAUUGUAUUUAUCUCAGUUUCAAAAUGUCACUGAGGUGUACGUGGUUGCUAUAUAAUUCAACACAAUAACAUUUCUGAACAGUUUAGUUAGUGGAUGUAGCAGGUUCAUUUAUAGGCUAAUUUCUCCAUUUCAAUGUUAUGGAAAUGUUUUCUUUCUAGCCCUCCAUUCCCUCAUUGAUAAAUAUAUAUUUUCCUUCAAUCUGGGAAAAAAACUGCUUUUUCAUUUUUGUUCCUCUGCUUUACUACAGUUCAUGUGUUUAUAAAUAGUAUCACAGUAGCACUGAGCCAGCUAUACGGUGAGUGGUGUUUUAGAACAUGAGUUUAGUUACAUAAUCAUGACUCUGCUUCAUGACACACACACACACUGUAAUAUACCAGCAACACGUGGAAAGUUCAGGAAGUGUCAGGAACUCUGAGUGGGAGGGUAUAUAAGCUUUGAGCUCUGACUGCUGAGACAGAAUCACAAAGCAGAUUGGAAGCUGCAAAGACUGCUAUCCUACAGCAACAAAAACAAGACUCAGGACUACUAUUGAAGAUGCUGUGCUCUCCUGUAUUCCAGCCUUCCCUCGGCAUACCUUUUGCUUUCAAUAUGCCAGUGCGCUCGCUGUGGCAAGAAAACCGGCCCAUCUUCAUUCAGAUGGAAAAUGAAAGGCUGAGACAAAUGGAGGAACUGAGGAGAAGAGUGGAGUUUAUUGAUCAGGUCCAUCAACUGCUGUUGAAAAAGGUGAUGAACACAGAUAGUGCCACCGAGUUAUCAGGCUCCAAAUCACCCUCCUACAAGCUGGAGAAAGAUGGAAACUGUUUUUGUCUGAUGCUGGAUACCAAAGACUUUUUACCUGAAGAGCUGACUGUGAAACAGGUGGGAAGGAAACUGCUGGUGAGUGGAAAGCAUGAAAAGAAAGAUGAAGCCAGAAAUGGCUCCUACUCUUACAAAUACCAGGAGUUUAGCCAGGAAUUGGAGCUGCCAGAAGAUGUCCAGCCUGAUGCAGUGACCUGCUCCUUCUCCAAUGGGCAGCUACAGAUUGAAGUUCCGAGUCUGGCACUGCCUGCUGUGACUGAGAGAACUGUUCCCAUCAGCACCAGCCCUGCAAUGAAGACCCAGCAAGAGAGGAGCGCAGAGGAACAGGAAUAGGCUGCAGCGCUGACAAAGAGGGCCAGGAACAACAAGCAGUAGCUUGAAAGGACUAUUACCUGUUAAUGGUGUACAUUUAAAAUGACCUUUAACUGAAAUGAUUGUGUACUAUUUAAGUCAUUACUGCAACACCGGGAGCACUAAAUACAUGAUGUAAGAGUAUGUGUAUUUGUCACUGUUUUUGUCAACAUCAUUUCCUAAUUUAAUGUAAUGCAUUAAAUACAUGAUGUAAGAGUUUGUAUAUUUGUCAUUGUUUUUGUCAACAUCAUUUCGUAAUUUAAUGUAAUGCAAACAAAUAUAUUUGGCAUAAUCUUUCCUCUUUUGAAUAAAUAUUUUUUCACUUUUCAGAAA